AUGCCACAGAAAUCACGAUGGAACGUUCCUGUUCCGGAAGUGGACAUUCCCACGUAUCUCUUCGGCUCCCCUACAGCUCCACUAGGCGAUGCUCUCGCCUUUGCUGACGCCGACGACCCAGAGACACUACGUUUGACUUGGACUCAGCUCCGUCUCUGGUCACAGCGAUUAGCCGCAGGAUUACGAGCCGCGGGGUUAAAAGAAGGGGACCGGGUUCUUUUCCUCAGCGGCAACGAUGUUCUAUUCCCCGUCGUCAACCUCGGCAUAAUUAUGGCCGGUGGCAUAUACCAGUCCGCAAAUCCUCACUCCAAUGCCCGCGAGUUGGCAUACCAGCUCGGUCUCACAACGCCGAGCUUUAUCCUGGCGAGUGAUGCCACUCUAGCCUGCGCUCUGGAGGCCGCGGAGAUUGUGGGCAUGGGGCGGGAACGUAUCUUCAUGUUUGACGAUGCUCCGCUCAUCAAGGAUGACGGCGGCAAUGAUAGUGUUAAAACUGGAGUGAAGCAUUGGAAGCAUUUACUGGCGCCGAAAGAGGUCGGCAGUCGCUUCGUUUGGAAGAAGCUAACCCCGGAGGAAUCAAAGUCGACAACUGUCUAUAUGAUAAUGACAUCGGGAACCACCGGUCUUCCGAAAGCAGCGGAGGCUUCACAUUAUAGCAUUAUCGCAAACUGCGUUCAGACAGAUUUUAUGAUGAGCCUCGAUCCCAACCUCCACACGAAAGAGCUGGCGGCCAAAAAUUCCAGGUGGUUGUGUACAAUUCCACUCUACCAUGGUCUGGCACUGUGCUAUUUUUGCACCAUCUCCAUCGCGAGACGGGUGCCAUCGUACAUCAUGGCGAAGUACGAGAUCCACCGUUUGCUUGAAAACAUCCAGAGAUUCCGUAUCACAGAGCUGCACCUUGUGCCGCCCAUAAUCGUGGCCAUGACCAAGAAUCCCGCAGUGAAGAGUGGAAAGUAUGACAUUAGCAGCAUCACCAAGACUUUCUCGUGUGCUGCACCGUUAGGUCCAGAACCGACUUUACAAUACGAGUCGCUGUGGCCCAAAGGACAAGUAAAUGUCAAGCAGGGCCUUGCGUCGACUGAAUCCUGCUGCAACACUAUCGGUUGGGAUCCUACCCUAGCCGCAAUAGCCGGCUCUGUUGGAGAACCCAUGCCGAACUGUGAGAUCAAGCUGAUGGAUGAUGAUGAUAAUGAGGUUGCGCGGGGACAAACAGGAGAAAUAUGGUUCCGUGGUCCCAACAUUAUGAAGGGUUACUGGCAAAAUAAAAAGGCGACUGAUGAGGCUAUCACCCCAGACGGAUGGUUGAGGACAGGAGAUGUGGCACGCCAGGACGAGCAUGGGUGGUAUUACGUCGUGGAUCGGAAGAAGGCAGGUCGUAGAGGGCGUGAAAUGAUCAAGGUGAAAGGCGUCCAGGUGUGGCCUGCCGAGCUCGAAGCACUCCUUCUCGAUCAUCCUGCUGUUAAUGAUGCCGCUGUCAUCGGCGUGAGAAAGGACGGCGAGGAGUACCCUCGCGCCUAUGUUGUAGCAGCGUCAGGAGCAUCCGUUUCUGAGGACGACAUUAUGCAAUUCGUCAACAGCAAGGUAUCAACGAUCAAGAGACUCACAGGAGGUGUAGUCUUCACCGAGGCCAUCCCUAAAGCUCCGUCUGGGAAAAUCUUGCGAAGAUUUCUCAGAGAUUCCUUCGCGAAGGAGUCGAAAUUGUAA